AUCUUCACUGAGGGGAAAAAGGGGGAACGUUGCUUCAGGGUACGCAGUGGCAGGCCAUCUCGCACCAAAGAUGAUAUCAUCAUUUCCACACUCCUUCUAGCACCACUAUGGCCGCUCAGAUAUUCGCGCACAAGACGACUGCCUUGACGAAUCCUCCAAAUUAUGCUUUGACCUCUCAUCGACUCUGUCGCACUCUACACACCUCUACCAAGCAACCUAUCGUCUUGGUGGCAUGCGGCUCCUUUAAUCCUAUCACAUAUCACCACCUCCGGAUGUUUGAGGUCGCGAAGGAUUUCAUUCAGCAGAAUACCAAUUUUGAGAUCCUCGGUGGAUAUCUCAGUCCAGUCAGUGACGAGUACAAGAAAGCGGGUCUAGUCAGUGCACAUCAUCGGGUCAACAUGUGCGCGCUCGCCACAGAGCAGGAGUCGUCGUGGCUAAUGGUCGAUUCCUGGGAGGCGCUGCAGAACUAUCAACGUACAGCUAUUGUGCUAGACCACUUCGAUUACGAAAUUAACACGGUUCUUGGUGGCGUGUCCACUCGAGAUGGUGAACGACGUGAUGUUCAGAUCAUGCUCCUUGCUGGUUCAGACCUAAUUGGCACCAUGUCUGAGCCGGGCGUUUGGUCUGAUGAUGACCUCGAUCAUAUACUCGGACACCAUGGAACGUUUGUCAUUGAGCGCACCGGGGCCGCUCUGGAUCAAGUAGUUGACAGUCUAGUGCGUUGGCGGAACAACAUCUACCCUAUCGCUCAGCAGGUCCAGAACGAUGUUUCCUCGACAAAGGUACGGCUGUUCUUUCGCAGGGGUCUUUCAGUACAGUAUCUCCUCCCAGCGGCUGUCAUCGAUUACAUAGAGCAGAACAAUCUAUAUCCAGACGACGGACCAUGCACGGAGAAAGACAGGCAAGGAAAGUGAGAGCGGGGAAGCUGACACUACUAGUUCAGAAAGCAGCCGCAAUGUACGUGCUACCCAGUCAACAUUGGGAACGGAGACGACAAGGUUAUCAAAUUAGACUUGUAUAAAGAAACCUUAAACGUGAGUAAAAUUACUAGCUAAAUGAACUCCGUCUGUUGUCAAUCAAAUGAGUGGACGCUAGUUUACGCUAGUCGACACUGCUUGAAGCCACAUCUAUGGCUG